UGGCAUGGCGUGGGUCACAUCAACGCUCUUGGUGGAGGAAACCGAAACGACUUUGGCAAAGACUUCGCUUCUCAAGGUCACAUGUGGACACAAGAUUUGUGCCGUUUAGAUUCUGAUGGUGACGGUAUGACCAACGGCCAAGAGCUGGGUGACCCGAACUGCGUGUGGACUGCAGACAGUGGUAAUCUCCCCUCACGGACAACCGACAUUACUCACCCAGGUGUGUGUGACCCUUUUGACUCCCCUGCCUGUCAAGCGAAGAAUGCGUGGGUUUCGUGUAAAGGGUCAGAACUGGAGUGCGAUGCUCUCAACGCACCAGAUGUGAGGAACUUCACAAUCCGUUUCCCCGAAACCGACGUGCCCGCCGAGGACACCACCUACAUCUGCAUGAUCUUCGACGUCCCCUCUGACCAGGACUACCACUACAUUGGAAGCAAGCCUCUCAUCGACAACGAAAACGUCAUGCAUCAUGUCGUAGUCUACGGCUGCUCUGACACAUCAGAGGAACUACCAACAGAACCAUACAAAUGUGGCAUGGAUGCUGGGAAGGGAUGCACAGCGGGUCUAGGGGGCUGGACAGUUGGGUCUCCUGGAGAAUGCCUCAAUGACAACUUUGGACUAGUUUUCGGAAAAUCAAGAUACAAACGGUUUGCCCUGGAGUUUCACUGGAACAACCCGAACGAAGUGUCAGGCUGGAAGGACAGUUCAGGAAUGACGUUCUUUUACACCCCCAACUUACGAAAGAAUAAUGGCUCACUCAUGUCACUCGGACAGAUGAACCUAGCAAUCCCCCCUGGACAAUCAGAGGUCACGUUCAGAGGAGAAUGUACAUCUGAAUGCACACGAAAACUUAUGACAGAGCCCAUCUAUGUCCCAACAGCCUUGAAUCAUAUGCAUUAUUUAGGUAGAUCAGCGUCCGUAGAGCUGAGGCGAAAUGGACAAAGGGUCCGCUAUCUGACCAAUGAACCAGAGUACAGCUAUGACCAGCCUCUCUACUUCAACUAUGACGAGCCAGUUGAGCUUCUUCCUGGAGACAACUUAGUGACCACCUGCAAAUUCGAAUCAACGUAUAAGAAGAACUGGGUAUUCUAUGGCGAUGGAACAUCAGAUGAAAUGUGCUUUGGGUUCCUUUGGUACUACCCAGAACAUGCUCUGAAGAAUGGCAUGUGUGUGUCGUGGAAUAACAUCAAUAUUUGUGGGCGUGAGAGCCUCAUUGAGGAGAACUGCAACGUCUGGGAAUUUGUAUUUCAAGUCGAUGCUGAGUCUAAGGCGCUCUUCAAGGCCGUGACCGUCAACUGUAAUCUCCUGUCCGAUUUGUGCACUCCCGAAUGCAAGAUGGCGGUGAUGGACAUCCUGAAACACCCUUGCUUAAGUGGAGGCGAUGUCUCAGACUAUGUCAGAAGACUCAUGCGUAGAUCCAAAGAAGGGCUGGAGUUCCUCGGCAAGCUGGCAAUGUGUGAUGUGAAUAAGAAUGACUUUAACUAUCCCCACACCGGUGGCGCAGGAACCCAUGUGGCCUCCCUGACCUUGAUCUUCCUCGCGGUGAUCAUGGCUUAGAUUCAUAAGACACGUUGAGGUUUUAAUCCUUUCCAAACCUGUGACCUCGACAAAGUUUUGGCUUUUUCCAUUUUUUAGUCUUUUCUAAAAUGUUGGCUUGCAUUUAAAGUCAGAUGUAGUACUAUUCUCGAUGUAUGGCAGUGUUAAUGAAAAUACCCCGAAAACCCGGGCCCAAGUAGUCAAAAUCUUUCUGAUAUUGGACAAUUAUUAAACGCUUGGAUUGGCAGUUUUUGGAGAAAAAAACUCCCAGAAGCUUCAGAAAUGCAUGAUGGUAUACUUAAAAUGUACUAUAAAUAUUAGCAAAUCAAUGUCUUAGAUGAUGCGUUUAGUUUGGUGAUUGUACUCAAGACGGCAUAAUCACAGUUUUAAUUAACGAUGAUAUUUUGUAGUAAAAAUAGUAAACAGGGAA